GCCCACGAUAAAAAAAAAGAAAAUAACCAUCCUCCUGCCUCUCCAGCUCUCCUCCCCCGAGCACCUCAUCCCGCCACCGCCCUCGGAUCCCGCCACCGCGCGCCCACCCCAGAAACCCACACCCCCUCCCCGCGCCGCAGCGCGCCAUCCCCGAAUGCCCCCGCCGACGACCCUCCCAGACCGACGCGCCUCCCGCCGCAGCCCCCCCGAUGGGCCUCUCGCCGCCGCUAUCCAUCCCCGGACGGCACCGCCGACGGCCCUCCCGCCCCGACGCGCUUCUCGCCGCAGCUCUGCAUCCUCGGACGCCACCGCCGACGGCCCUCCCAGCUCCGAUGCACCUCUCGCCGCCGUCCCCCAGGUUAGGCCCGGUGUGAACUUCGAACGGAUCAGUGGUUGGACCGGCUGUACCAAGGCGGCUGACUCCACCACGCACGCAUUUGUCUUGUUUGAUGUUCAAGUGUUCAGUUGUUGAAGUGAACUUGAAGAUUUGUUCUGAAUUUCUGGCACUUCAAACACUAAUGCGCAUGUCUGAAACUUUCUCUGUGCACUGCAGGGCGACAAGUGAUGCGGCGCACCAACCAGCAGCAGGCGGAUCCGGCCAUCGUGGAUACCGCACGCACACAUCCAUUCGCAGCUCAUGGGCGCCAUGGAUCCCGCGCGCAAGCAUCCUUCCACGUCAUUCCGCUGCUGCCUUACCACCAUGCGCCUCUGCCGAAACAUCCCGAUCCCCGCCGCCUCCCCCGCGUCACCGGUGACCCUUUGCGCUACCGCCUGGCGCGACCGACCUCCACGGCAGCAGAUGCUGUGGCUCCCUUCCUGGCAGCACCCGUGCGUCUCAUCGGACUGUCCUCUGCACAUCUAUGGCCGUUGGUCACCAUGCACCCCUACCCGAUGAUGUGGCCAAUGGUGUUGUAGCUACUAGGAAAGAGAGAAAUGCCAUGGAGGUAUCUAGUGUUGUGCAAUAUAAUCAAAAUAUGGUGAGGCACAAUAGCAUGAGUGCCAAGGAAUUGAAGGCGCUGACGCACGCAAUUGUACAAGCUUCAUCUAUACUCUAUAUUGGCUUCUUUGGUAUUCGAA